UUGGACAAUCCUAGUUAAAAAACAAACAAAUAAAUAACAAAAAAUUGGUUUUGUUUUUCAAACAUUUUAAACUACAGAAGGAAUUGAAUUGUAAGAAUGACCCUGUCAAUCGCAGCACAGUUUAUUAUGUAAUCAUUAUGAUGUAAAAACAACCUCAACGCCCCACCAAUCUCUUAUCUGGAAAUAUUCUUCUCCCACUUCAUUGGCCAAAUUUCACUCAACCCGAAAAGAAGCUAAAAUCUGAUUGGUCGAUUUGCGGUACGCGGAAACAGAUGAUGCUUUCUUCAGUUGAUCCCUGCGCAAUGGCGGAGGUCAGACUGCGGUUCCUGAGCGGCGCUUAUAAGCUUUUAAAACCGCAAAAUCUCCCGCUUUUGGAUAAAAACUAUACACCGGUUGCAACAGCAUCUUAUGUUGCAGGUUUAAUAAAUUUGCCAGAGCUCUGUGUGAUUAGAAAUGACCGCGUCGAAGCAGCAAAAAGACCGGCAGCUCUUGAGUCUCCAAAAGGGACCGCAAACACACUCUUGACCGGUGCUGGUGGAGUUACAAACAGCUUGAAAGUGCCGUUGGACCUCCAUUCUGGAAAUGUUAAUGUAUGGACUGACUGCCAUGGAUUAAAAUUUAAAUCUAAGAAAUCCAGCUCGUGUCUGGGAACAGAUGGAAAACUCCUUCUGUCCAGCCAUACUGGCACUCACUUUCAACGCCAGUUAAGGAGAUCCAUCUAUAAAAAGACUCUUUAUGCAUCUCCAAAAGAUUUUUUAGGGCAGUUUAUGUCUUUCACCAGAGCUUAUAGUGGCACAGACAGCCCGUUAUACAAAUCAAAGUCUGCUUACUAUGACAUUUUGGAAGUUUCCCCCACCGCCACGCAUGCGCAAAUCAAGACUGCUUACUAUAAGCAGUCCUUUAUAUAUCACCCGGACAAGAACGCAGGCAGCGAGGAGGCCGUGUUCAGGUUCUCUCAGAUCAGCGAGGCCUACAACGUCCUGGGUAAUAAAGCUCUGAGGAGGAAAUACGACCGUGGGAUCCUGAGUCAAGCUGACCUACAUGGAUCCAGCAAACCCACCGGCAGAGAGAGUCCUGCAUCAGGGCAGCAGAGCAGAAGCCGAGACUCGCCCUCUGUUGGAGCCACCCAGCAAAACAUCUUCGACUUUGAUACAUUCAUCAGAUCACACUACGGAGAACAGCUGAAGAGAGAGCAGGAGAUCCGGCAGCGUAGGGAAGAGAUCAUCAGGAAGAAAGAAGAGCUGGUUGAGGAUAUGAAACUGGGCAGGUUGAAGGAGAUCACUGUAGGGGUGAUGCUGGUUACGGCGAUGAUGAUCUUGUUUAGCCUCAAGUCUACCAAAUGAAGAAGAUACAGGGAUACUUGAAAAACAUCUCACAUUUUAACUGCUAAAAAUGGGUUUUGAUUAAAUAAUGUGCCAACACACAAAUAUAUUGUACUGAUAUGUCAUAUUUAUCAUUUUUUUCGUGUUUCAACUAGUGCUGUCAAACAAUUUAAACGCAUCCAAAUAAAAGUUGUUUAUAUGUGACCCUGGACCACAAAAUCAGUUAUAAGGGUAAAUUUUUCAAAAUUGAGCUUUAUACAACAUCCGAAAGCUGAAUAAAUAAGCUUUCCAUUGAUGCAUGGUUUGUUAGGAUAGAACAAUAUUUGGUCGAGAUACAACUAUUUCAGUAUAUGGAACCUAAGGAUGCAAAAAAAAAUCUAAAUAUUGAGAAAAUCGCCUUUAAAGUUGUCCAAAUUAAGUUCUUUACAAUAUAUAUUACUAAUCAAAAAUGAAGUUUUGAUAUAUUUACAGUAGGAAAUUUACAAAAUAUAUUCAUGGAACAUGAUCUUUACUUAAUUUCCUAAUGAUUUUUGGCAUAAAAGAAAAAUCUAUAAUUUGAUCCAUACAAUGUAUUUUUGGCUAUUGCUACAUGUAUUCCCCAGCGACUUAAGACGGGUUUCAUGGUCCAGGGUCACAUAUAUGCGUGUACUGUGUACAUUUUUAAUGUAUAUAAGCAAAAACUUUUAUUUUUGAUGCGAUUAAUUGUGGUUAAUCAUGUGACAGCAUUAGUUUUAACAAAUCCUACCCAAAACUGAUUUUCUAAAAGGGGAUUGUUAAUUUCUUUUUCUUCCUUUUUUUUUUCUUUUGGGAAAAAAUGACAAAAUAUAAGAAAGAAAGGUCUUGUUUUAAUUUUCUUUUUUGAAAAUAUAAAAUAUAAACAAAAAAAAAAGAGAGAUGCUGUAUAAACACAACCAACAACCAGACUGAUUCAGACUAUUUGAUCUUAAACGUUUUAAUUUAAGGUAAUAGGACAUCUGAAAAUGGUUUAUCUGUCAAUGGAUGCCAUUGUAGCUACAAUUGUGUGCUCUACCUCAUCCGUUAAACUGUAUUCAGAGUAAUAAUGAUUUCUGUAGGUAUGGAGCAUAAUGCAUUUAAACUGUUAGGAAACACUGAUGGCAUUAUUUUGCACAAAAGGCCUUGGUAAAAACCAGCCUUGCUUUAUUAUUAUUAUUAGUCUGGCUUCACUUCACCUGAGCCCCUAAUUUAAGUUUUAGAAUAACUGACAAGUAUUGUGUACAAAAUAAAUGUCUGUCACUUGAAAGUAAAGUGUAAUUUAGACAUUUGGAAGUAUGAUGGAAAUGUUCUGAAUUUGUGGUCGGCUAAUUAAGGAUGUAGACUGUUAACACAAGAUGUGAGUUCAAUCUAAAAAUGGAAUUGGAAUGAAAGAUUUGCUGAAAUUAAAUUGAAACAAUUCAAUUUAAAUGUGCCUUAUGGUUAUUUAAAUACAUGGAUGAAUAUGUACUGUGGAUAUCGUGGAAAGAAAAUAAAUUAUUCAAAAUA